GCAGCACAAUCAGGAUCAUAUUGGGAAUGACGCCACAGAGACACAUAAUACCAAAACCCAUGAGACAUCUGUUACUGGGACACAGACCAGAAGAAACAUCAUGAGUAGCUUAUCUGCGAAGAAUGUCAGCUAUUUUUUCCUCAGCCUCCUUUUGGCUUUUGAAAUAACAGACAUGCAUGUUCAACUAAAAACAACCCUACAGGAAGUACAAUCACUUAGACAGCAGAUAAACAUGCCUGUUCAUCUGGCAGACACAAUACCUAACUUUGCCUUAGAAUCGCAAGGUGCCAGAGUUUUGCACGAUUUAUCUACAGAUACAUAUUGGCCUCUAAAACACAUAGGACUAAUGUGGGAUAGAAUUUUUCACUGGGAUUAUUCGACCAAAAGACAGCGACAAGUGAUUCAGGGACACACAUCAUUACAUCCUGGACAAUGCUGGUGCUUUUCUGGGGACAAAGGACAUUUAUUCAUCUCACUGUCCCACCCGAUCUCCAUCACUCAUGUGACACUUGGCCACAUAACAAAAAGCCAGUCGCCUUAUGGCUACAUCGCAAGCGCACCGAGGGAGUUUUCUAUCUACGGAAUGAGGACCGUGGAUGAGGAAGGGUCCUAUUUGGGUACACUGGCUUAUGAUCAAGACGGUGCAGCAUUUCAGACCUUCAAACUGCCAAAUCCAGACAGUGGUGUCUUCAGAUAUGUGAAGCUACAGAUUGAGAACAACUGGGGAAACAUGGACAACACCUGCCUCUACAGCUUCAGGGUUCAUGGUGAACUCCCUGCCUAACUGUAAUUCUUUUCUCUGAGUGUUUUGUUUCUCAAUAAAUGCAUUUAUCAUUUAUCCAUCUUGCUAAAGCACAAACUGGUCAACAAGUCUAGUAACAAGUCUUUUUACAGUAAAGUCAACACAUACUUUCCUUUUUUUUUAUUUAGAUUAAUGAACUAGAGGUGUUUUUUGGCCAAAAUAAUACACAAUGUAAAUAAUUUUGAGCAAUUAACAACAGGGGGAUGGAUUCACAUCAUUACAAGGUAUCAGACUUGAGAAUAAGAAAAGGUAUAUUCCCUAUAGUGUGUUUA